GCAAGACAAAAAAAAAAAAAAAAAACCUUCCCCAACUCACAACAAAACCCCCCCAAACCUCGAGCGCGGAGAGCAUCCCACACCACCCGUCCCAUCGCAAUCCAAUCCACGAGCAGCCAUGGCGAGAGGAGGAGGAGGAGGGCAGCGAGAGGGCAACGCGCUGAAGACGGCGGUGGUCGUGACCGGCGGCCUCGUCCUCGCCUGGUUCACCAUGGAGUCCGCGUUCAAGCCCUUCCUCGACCGCCUCCGCGGCGCGCUCACCCGCAACACCGACCCCGCGCGCGACCCCGACGAGGAGAACUCCGCUGCCCCGGCGGACAGGGCCGUCGAGGAGCCCGCCGCGGCGGCGGCCCCGGUGGAGGAGGGCGAGGGCAAGGGGGUGGAGCUGGAGGAGAAGGGGGAAGGGGCCGCCAUGACCGAGUAGAAGAAGAAGAAGAAGGCGACGUGACGUUCCCGACUGGUUCCGCUACUAAAAUAUGCUGUGAAUUAUGUUUUGUGCUUCCCAAUCUUGUCCUGAAUGAUGCAAAAUUUUCAAUUCUAAUACCAUUAUCUGCACCUGUAGUACUCAUCUCAGCCUACCUGUGUGCUUGCGUUAGUUUCUAGUGACAAUUACUGCUGCUCAGCUAAUAUGUAGUACUUUUUUGUGGGUGCACUUGUUCCCCUUGAAGCUGCUUGCGUGUGCUAUUGAUAAGAAAAUUUUAGUAGAAAAACAGUGUUUCUCUAGAAGCUGCUGGCUUAUGCUAUUGCCAA